AUGGUGAUAUCUGCGUUUAACCAUUGUCUUGAGGCUGGACCCAGUCUCCACAACGAUUUACCUGGCAUACUGAUGAGAUUCCGUGAGAAACCUGUUGCGCUUACUGGUGAUGUGUCGGAUAUGUUCUGUUAUGUGCGAUUAGAACCGGAGGACUGUAAAUACCAUCGUUAUUUAUUGCGCGGAUUGGAUAUGUCGAGACCACCCGAUGAGUACGAGAUGAACUGUCUGGUGUUUGGAGAUCUUCACACUGGGUGGCAAACUAUGCUGUGACUCGCACCACCAAAGAAUGGCCCGUCGCAGCCGCAGUGGUCAAGCGUAAUAUAUUUGUUGAUGAUUUAUAUACGUCCUAUUAUGAUGAUGAUGAUGAAGCAAUAACAUUGCGGAAGGAUGUGACAAAUUUGAUGGCGAAGGGUGGGUUCCCGAUGCGCAUGUGGCUCUCGUCGUUACGAAAGGACCUGGAAACAAUACCCGAGGAAGAAAGGGCUGCCCCAAACAAGAACGUGAAUAGUGGAUAACUUCCGUCAGGGCGUGCGUUGGGGGUGAAAUGAGAUGCAAAGUCCGACUAUCUAGGCUUUGCAUAGCACACAUUGAUCGUCCGAAGGCGCAAAAUACAAAGCGAUGGAUUCUAAAAUGAUUGGCUGCAUUAUACGACCCGUUGGGUUGGGCUAGUCGGCAUGUUGUCCGUGCCAAGAUUCUUCUGCAGCGCACCUAGUCUCGUGACCUCCAGUGGGAUGAACAACUUCCACCAGAAGAGGUAGGGGGAGAUGAUUUGGCUCAAAGUUUUCUCGGUCCCUCGCAAUAUCUACCGUGAGCAUUCGAAAGUCUGGUCAAUGUUUCUCAUAGAUAGUCUUUUGUGAUGCUUCAGAAAUAACCUACGCUGCUGCUGCCUUUAUACGUGCAAGGUCAACCGAUGGGGAUUACGUGUGCCAUUUGAUUAUGUCGAAGACUCGUUUAAUGCCGCUUAAGGCAGUCUCUAUUCCGUGCGGAGAGUUAAUGGCUUGUCAACUUUCUGUCCGACUGGCGAAGUCUGUUCGUAAGCAACUGGGACUUAACAAUUGUCGUGUCAAGUAUGUGUCUGAUUCCACGACUGCGUUAUGGUGGAUCAAGAGUGAGCCAAGGAAAUUUCGUCCAUUCGUUGCCAAUCGAGUGGCAGAGAUCCUGUCGGAGAGUGAUCUAACUCAGUGGCAUCAUAUUGGGACGAAGCUGAAUAUUGCGGAUAUUGCGAGCAGAGGAACAUCUGUAGCUGAUAUUUCCGCUGAUUCAACCUGGAUUCAGGGACCAGAUUUAAGUCUGAGUUCUCUAAGUGGCCUGUUGACAAAGCUGCUGUUGAUUUUCUAG